GGGGUAUUGGGGUCAGGUUGGCAUUAACCCAGCGCUGAGCCAAGCCAGGCUGACUCAGCGGCCUUGGCCCUGCCCUGGUCCCCAGGCAGGCCCCUCCACACUCCCCCAGGGCAGAGAUGGGAGAUGGCUGCCAUUCUGCCCCUUUCCCUGCCCCUCCAGGCCCGGAUCCGCCUGGCCCAGGGGCUCUGGCUCUUCUCCUGGUUGCUGGCACUGGCUGGUGGCCUCACCCUAAUCUCUAGUGGCUACCUCCUCGUACAGCUGUGGCAGCUAAGUCCUUUCCUGGACCCCUCCUGCUCCUUUCCAGCCCUCCCCAAGACAGCUUUGGCGGCAGGGGCAGCUGCCCUAGGCAUGGGGGUGGUGGGGGCUGGAGCCACCAGGGCAUCCUUGGAUGCGGCCCGAUACCCCCCUUGGCGAGGGGUGCUGGGACCACUCCUGGUGGUUGGGACAGUUGGGGGUGGGGGUCUCCUGGUACUGGCCGUAGGUCUGGCCCUGGCAUUGCCCAGGGGCCUGGACGCUGCCCUGGAGGACGGUCUAGGGGCAGCCUUGGCUCACUACAAGGAUACAGAGGUGCCAGGGCACUGCAAUGCUAAGCGGUUGAUGGACGAGCUCCAGCUGGGGCACCACUGCUGCGGGCGGCACAGCUACAAGGACUGGUUCACUGUUCAGUGGAUCAGUAACCGAUAUCUGGACCCCAAUAACCAGGACAUCAUUGACCAGCUCCAGAGCAAUGUGGAAGGACUCUAUUUAAUCGACGGGGUCCCUUUCUCCUGCUGUAAUCCCAACGCCCCUCGGCCCUGCCUGCAGAACCAGCUCUCCAACCCCCAGGCCUAUCCGCUCUCCGACCCUCGGCAGCGCAGCCUCAACCUCUGGGAACAGGGCUGCCACGGAGUGCUGCUGAGGCACCUUUGGGGGCUAGCCAGCACCCUGGGCACUGUGCUGGGCGUCACCUUGGUCCUGCAGGUGUUGGUGCUCCUGGGACUUCGCUACCUGCAGACGGCUUUAGAGGGCCUGGGGGGAGCCAUAGACGGGGAGGGCGAGACCCAAGGCUAUCUGUUCCCAGGGGGGUUCAGAGAGACGCUGAAAAGUGCUUUCCAUCAGGGACUCUGUGCUCAGAGACCUGUGCCGGAGGAGGUUCCACCAGAGGCCCCAGCUGAGGAGGUCCCACCAGAAGCCUAGCACCCUGCAGAAGGGAAGGGGGGAAAGGGGAGGCCAAAAGGAGGAGAGGCUUCCCCCUGCAGUGCCCAUGCUGAGCCACAUUGCUCCAGAGGGGAAGGAAUAAGGGGCAACAGCAGAGUCUUGGGGAAAGUGAGGGAAGAAAGGAGGGGAACUAGAUUAGGGGUGACAGCCAGAAAACAGGGGAGUUACCCAGAAGUAGCUAAAGAUAGUCUAAGAAACCCAGCAUCCACUUCAAAGCCCCCACCCCUGACACAGGUAGAAGAGGAGAGGGCCCAUUCCUGGGGGGACCAGAAGGAGGUACUAAGGAUAGGGAAGGGGAAGAGAGCCUGGCCAGUCACUUAGGGAGAAAUGGCCAAAAUCUUCAUGAGGACAAAACCAAUAAACCUCAGACACCUGAA